AUGUUCAACUUCAAAUCCUUAUUCAGGCUUAUGGGGAGUUCCCCAAUGCCAAUUGAUUCUGGGGUGGAAUCUCAACUUCCUUUAGAUCUGCCCCCUACGACCACUCAACCAGUCUCUUCUUCUCCUUCUUCUUCUUCUUUCACUCAUGAUUCAUCAUGGACAUAUGAUGUGUUUUUGAGUUUUAGAGGUGAGGAUACGCGCACCAAUUUUACGGAUCAUUUGUACAAGGCCUUGUGUGAUAAGGGCAUCUACACCUUCAUUGAUGGAGAGCUUGUAAGAGGAGAAGAAAUAUCGCCAGCCCUUGUCAAAGCAAUUGAAGAAUCAAGAAUUUCUCUCAUUGUAUUCUCUGAAAACUAUGCAUCUUCGAGGUGGUGCUUGGAUGAACUUGUCCAGAUCCUUCAAUGUAAAGAAUCAAAGCAACAAAUAGUUUUGCCCAUUUUUUACAAGGUGGAUCCGUCGGAUGUACGAAAGCAAACAAAUAGUUUUGGAGAUGCAUUUAAAGGCCUUAUUCAAAGCAAAUUCAAGGAUGACAAGGAGAAAGUGCUCAUAUGGAAGGAAGCUCUUAGACAAGCAGCAAAUUUGUCCGGACAUACUUUCAAGGAUGGAGAGUAUGAAGUUACAUUUAUCAACUACAUCGUUGAUGGAAUCUUAAUCCAAGUACUGAGCGGCACAUAUUGGAAUGUGGCCAAGUACCCAAUUGAAAUUCAGUCUCAUGUACAAGAUGUGAAAAAGCUUUUAGAUGUUGGUGGGAAUGGUCGUCGCAUGGUUGGGAUAUGGGGGACAUCUGGAAUAGGCAAGACAACAAUUGCCAAAGCUAUAUGGAAUGCAAUUGCCCAUGAGUUUGAAGGAAGUUGUUUCUUGGAAAAUGUUAGGGAAAAUUCAAUGCCACAUGGAGGCUUAAUCAAGCUACAGAAGACUCUUCUUCACAAGUAUCUAGGCAAAAAGUUGAAAAUUCAGAGUGUUGAUGAAGGAAUCGGUGUGAUAAAAGAACGGCUGAGGCAUAAAAGGAUUCUAUUAAUUCUUGACGAUGUGGACCACUUGGAGCAGUUAGAACACUUGGCUGGAGAUGAUUGGUUUGGUGAGGGUAGUAGAGUAAUCAUUACUACAAAAGAUAUGGGAUUGCUAGACAAUCGUGAAAUUGAGUUGAUAUACGAGGUGAAGAAGUUAGAUUACAACCAAGCUCUUGAGCUUUUCAGUUGGCAUGCAUUCCGAAGAAGUGAACCUCCAGAAGAUUAUUUGGAACUCGCACAACGUGCAAUAGCUUUUGCUGAUGGCCUUCCACUAGCACUAAACAUUUUAGGUUCUCAUCUUCGUAAUAGAGGAAUACGACGUUGGCAAGUUAUAUUAGAUGGUUACAAAGGAGAACCUUAUACAUAUAUUGAAAGAAUACUUCAAAAAAGUUAUGAUGCCUUGGAUGAUUACGCAAAAGAAGUUUUUCUCGACAUUGCAUGUUUCUUCAAGGGUGAAAAGAAGAACUAUGUGCUACAAAUAGUACCCCAAAAUUGUAUUGAAGUACUCAUUGAGAAGGCAAUGAUAACUACUGACUAUGGUAGGAUUCAGAUGCACGACUUGCUAGAAAAACUGGGCAAGGAUAUAGUUCACGAAGAAUCCCCCAAUGAUCCCGGCAAGCGUAGUAGAUUGUGGUUUUACGAGGAUGUUGAACAAGUUCUAACGGAAAGUACAGGAACAAGAAAGAUUAAAGGCAUCAUGUUGAAGCUUCCAAAAUCAGCUGAGAUAACUUUGAAUCCAGAAUGCUUCCGUAAUAUGGUGAAUCUUCAAAUUUUCAUAAACCAUAAUGCAUCUCUAUGUGGGGACAUUAACUAUCUGCCCAAAGCAUUAAAAUUUAUUGAUUGGCCUAGUUGUCAGUUACAAUCUUUGCCACCCAAUUUUCAAGGAAAUCGUCUUGUUGCGUUCAAAAUGCUUGGCAGUCAUAUCAGACAAUUGGAGGGAUUGAAGCAUUUGCCAAACCUGACAUAUAUGAAUUUGAGGGGUUGUCAAUUCUUAGAAAAAAUCCCAGACUUAUCUGGAAUCCCAAACAUAGAGUACUUGAUUCUAAGUAACUGUACAAGUUUGGUUGAGGUUCAUCAUUCUGUUGGAUUCCUUGUUAAACUUGUUGGAUUGGAUCUCAAUGGAUGCGUUAAUCUUAAGAGGUUUGGAACAAGACUUAGAUUGAAAUCCUUAAAAUCACUUUGUCUAAGUGAUUGCAAAAGGCUUGUGAGUUUCCCAGAAAUAGAAGUCCAGAUGGAAUCACUACGGCAUUUGAACAUAUCAGGAAGUGGCGUAAGAGAAUUGCCUUCAUCAAUUGCAUAUCUUACUGGGCUUCAAUUUUUGCAUCUUGAAGAAUGCUUCAAUCUUACUGGGCUUGAAUUACGACUGCUUUAUUGCUGGUCCACAUUAUGGCUGCUUUAUCUAAAUGGAUACAAUUUUGUCACGCUUCCGGAAUGCAUUUGCAAAUUUGUGAGGUUGUACAAGCUUAGCUUGUGUGAUUGCGAGAGUCUUCUAGAAAUUCCACAAGAAGUGCUUCCACUAAGUUUACAUUCGUUAUACCUGGAUAACUGCACAUCAUUGGAAAAAAUUCCAAAACUGCCACUAUCAGCGAAGAAUAAGCAACUGAGUUUGAUGAAUUGCGAUAGACUACGUGGCUAUGACAUCACAGAAAAUAGUAUUCUGGAUCAGGUAUCUUCUCAUCCGCAUUCCAAAUUUAAAAUUACUUUUCCAGGCGAUGAAGUACCAAAGUGGUUCAGCUGUUGUAAAGAUGCAACACUAGUUAAAGAUGCAGAUGAUGAAGAGGAAUGCCAUGCUCGAUGUGAAGUUUGUUUUGAAAUUCCUCCAAAUUUAGAUUGGAAGACGUUAAGAUUGGUUCUAUGUGUUGUUAAUAAAGGAGGGCCAUUUUAUUUUGGGGCAAAUACACGUGUUCAUAUCAAUAGAAAAGAGGUCCAAUUGACAUCUUUGUGGGCAAUGGGCACUCAUGUGGCUCUUCAGUGUAUUCCAUUAUUGAAUCUGAGCAAAUUAUGUGUGGGGGAAGAACUGACGCGAUUGCAACAGGGUAAUAUGUGUCAAAUUAUAUUUGAGUUCGAUACAAUACCCACACGCUUUAAAAUCCCCUGCGGGGUCCACCUAUUAGGCCACAAGGUUGCUGAUGUCACAGAUGAUCGUGGGCAAAGGCAGUGGUUGUUGCCUGAUGCGAUGGCAGUGGACGAUGAUAUUCAUGAUGAUCAACACCAAGACAUCGAAUUGCUUUUCUUGCCUUCAGCAUCAGAGACUAGUCUUGGCAAGAGGCCUCGGUCAUCAGAUUUCAUGGCACUUGAUGAUGAUCAUCGUGCUAACGUCGUCGAAGUUAGUGAUCAUGAAGCUCAAAGGGGAGAGGCGAAUCACCCAAAGAGGAGGCACACUGAUCUUAACGAGGAGCCAAUGUAUGUAAAUCCAUUAAAUGUUGAAUGA